AUGGCAUCUGAAGACAUUAUGAUAAUGGAUGAAACAUCGUCUUCCUCCUCAUCCACUUCAACAUCGAAUGAAUCUUCAUCAACAUCAUCUAAUUCAGUAAAACCUUCAAUUACUGAAACAAAAUCCAAUAAACGAAAAGUAAUGUUGGUUAUUGAUGGUUUUAAUUAUCAAUUUAAAAAUUUCAACAAAGAUAAAAGUAUUAAAUUUUGGCGUUGUGCAAAAAGAAAUUGUCGUGUACUCUUGCAUACGACCAUUCAGAAUGAAUUUUUACGUUAUUCAGGAAAAAUAACUCGUCAUUCACAUUUACCAAAUCCAGCUGAAGCUGAAGUACGAAAUUUGAGAGAAGCAAUGCGAAAAAGAGCUGAAGAAGAAAUCUUACCAGCACAACAGAUCGCUGAACAAGAAGUACGCCAGGCUUUACUGACAGGUGAAGCUCUAGCUGUUUUACCUAAUAUUAUUAAUCUCGGUCAUAAUUUGGUACAAAAUCGUCGUAAAAUGACUCCUCCACUUCCACAAUCAUCUUCUUUUUUUAUUCCAGAAUCAUAUACAAAAGAUUAUCAUAAUAAUACACGAUUAUUAUUACAUGAUAGUGAUGAUUCAAAAUUCCAAAUUGAUUCAUCAGGAAAUCUACGAUCUGAAGGAAGAGUUUUGAUCUGGUCAUCGGAUAUUCAAUUGAAUUUAUUAUUUGAUAGUCAACGACUCCAUAUGGAUGGUACAUUUUCUAGUUCACCACCAAACUUUGAUCAAGUAUUUAUCAUUCAGGCAAUUGUUCAUGGUACAUGUGUGCCGGUGGUAUAUGCACUCCUACCUGAUCGUAAAGCAAAAACGUAUAUACAUUUAUUUACUAUUUUAUUUGAUGAGGCAAAACGACUCAACAAAAAGCUGAAUCCUCUUCUUAUCAUGACUGACUUUGAACCUGGUCUAGCUAAAGCAAUCAGUCUCGAGUUCUCGGAAAAAACCAUCCAGAAGGGAUGUUUUUUUCACUUUUGUCAGAGUGUUUAUAGAAAUGUUCAAUCACAUGGUUUAUCAUCAACUUAUUUAGAUAAUAUCAUGAUACGUAGUGUUAUUCGUCAAAUGAUGGCAUUAGCAUUAGUACCUGAGCAAUAUAUUCCAUCGUUAUUUGAUAAUCUUGGAAAAGAUUUAAAUGAUUCUGAACGUGAUGAUUUGUUGCCUAUAUUCGAAUAUUUCAAGAAUUAUUGGAUGCGUCAAAUUUCGAUGUGGAAUGUUGCUGAUAUUCCGGAUAAAACUAAUAAUUUUAGUGAAGGAUAUAAUAACAGGUUCAAGAGACGUUUAGAAAAAACCCAUCCCAACAUAUGGCAUUUUAUCGAUUCAAUUCGAAAAGAAGUAAACACGAUCCAUGAUAUAAUUACUCAAAUAAAUGUUGGGAUGGGUCCUCGUACAAAACGUUUAAAGUCCAGAAUUACUGAACAACGAACAAAAGAAUUAUAUGAUCGAUUUAACAAUAACCAAAUCACGGUGCAGGAAUUAUUACAUGGACUUUCUUUUUUUGUUGCAAAUGACUAA